AUGGCAUCAUAUCCCAUUGGUUUCCGUGUCGCGCAGGCUGUCGGCAUCUCAGGCGCAGCAUGGCUAGCAGGAAAUAUCGCAGCACUUAGCACUAUUACCACACCUGCUCUCGUUAAAUCGCAAAAAGAAGACAACCCUCCCAUUGGGCUGCUGGCCAAACAAUGGAGGAAUGUGUAUGAAAAUGGAAAAUCAAAGAACCAGCCCGUUGCAGUUGGCGUGACUUCUGCAUUCAUCUAUCUUGCUUGGUCUGUUCGAUCAGGCAGUCCCUUAUUCCAGAAGGCUCCCAUCAGCAGAUCCGUGCUUUUCUCCGCGGCAGCUGCUCUGACGAUGAGCAUCGUCCCAUUUACGUUUGUUGCAAUGUCAGGCACAAACAACAAGCUCUUGGAAAAGAGCGAAUCAACAAAAGAGGCUUCUGAUGCAGAUACGGUGGAUCUUGUUGAGCGCUGGACAACUCUCAAUCAAAUCAGAGGACUUCUUCCUUUGAUUGGGGCGUUGUGUGGUAUGCUUGGUACUUUGUUGUAA